UGUUACAUUUGUGAUACGCAUAACUUUUCUUUUCGCGAUGCAGGUGGCCGAGGCAGCACCUGGGGUGGUGCUUCAUGAUGCCCAGAUAUAUGACAUGAUGCGGACGAAGCAGAAGCCUAAUCCCGCAUUGCCUCAGCCCCAGUACUACGGCAAUGCCAAGGCCGCCAAGGAGGACUACUGCGACAUGGUGUUGUCUCGUCACCCGGAGGUGGAUGACCCCUUGAGCAUGCCGACCGACGAGGAGUCGUUGGUCCUGUCGGGGCGCGGGCGUAGGCAUGGCCGUUACCCCUUUCUGAAUAAGGCGGUCAAGCCUACCCCAGCCACGAGCUACACGCGUCUCAAGCAUACCCUCACCGCCAACAGCCCCCAGCCUCGUCCCCGGCCUGCUCGUCCACCCGCCUACGAUCCUGAGUUCGAGGCGGCCUUCGAAGCCUGUAAUGAAGCGUAUCAGCAGGCCGCUGCGCAGUGGAAUAGGCAGAAUACGGCCUACAUGGCGUAUAUAGGAGUAAGUUUGAAUAUUUCUUCUCGCAAGUAG